ACUCUAACAAACACUCUCAUUCAUCUUCACCACACUCUUUCAACCACAUUCUUUUACUCUUCCCAAUCUCUUCAACAGUCUCAGUCACAAUGAAGUACUCUCUCACCCUCCUUUCCCUCUCCAUGGCCUCCGCCAUGGCAACCCCCUUUGCCUCCAGCACCCAAAAGUGCAACAUCGCUCCCAGCGCCUCUUCCAACCGCAAGGUUCAACCUUACCAUACCGGCAAAGCUGACACCGCCAUCGACUGCCAGACCUUCUGUGCCUCCGAUGACUUCUGCAAGAGCUUUGCCUUUGGUCUCGUCAAGGGUCACUCGCACCCCAGCUGUCUCCUUUUCAAGGUCUCAGCUUCCGAAGUUCCUGCUCGCAAGGAUGGUCUUCACGUCUUUGAUAAGCAGUGUGCUGCUGAUCGGGUACCCACUUCUGCACCUACUACCUCUGAGCCUUGGGGUUCUGUGCCUAAGAAGGUUCUUGUUCGUCGAUCUUUGAAGUGCAACUGUGCUGCUUCUGGUUCUGCGAGCGGUGAUGUUGAGCCGUUCAAGACUACUACCGCUGCUACUGCUAAGGACUGCCAGGCUCUUGCUGAGGCAGAUACUUCUUGCCAGAGCUUUUUGUAUGGUCUUCCUAGCGGAUCAAGCACUCCUGUCUGUAAGCUUUACAAGGUUGCUGCUGCUAAGGUUCCUGCCCGCGGCGACACUCUCUUUGUCUUUGAUAAGGGCUGCUCUUCUAAGCAGGUCCCUACUACCCCUCCCACUGAGGACGCUCCCCGCGGUCUCAUCGGUACUGCCAAGGCUAGCAAGGUUCAGAAAUCUGCGCCAAAGGCCACCAAGGCUGCUGAGGUGAAGGUUGAGAAGCAGAACAACGACGCUUACAAGGUUUCCAACCCUAAGCCCAAGACCACCAAGGUUCAGAAGCCCAAGGCUAAAGCUACCAAGGUCGUCAAGGUUGAGGACGACAACACUCAGUACGCUCAGGUCGGUGAUGACUCUGUCAAGCACCAGGCCAAGGUUACCAAGGUUGAGAACAAGCAGCCCAAGGCUACCAAGGUCCAGAACAGCAAGCCCCAGGCCACCAAAGUCCAGUACAAGGAUGAGACCAAGAACACCAACGACAAGGACAACACCAACGAGAACAAGAACGUCAAGGCCGACAGCCCCAAGACCCUCGCUACCAAGGUCCGCAACAACGAGCACCAAGCCACCAAGGUCCAGGCUGUUGAGCACCAGGCUACCCAGGCCGAGGGCAAGAAGUCUGCUUGCAAAACCACCAAGGGCUCUGCUGCUCAGCCUAAGAUCACCCAGGCUUAG